UUCCCAUCAUUUUCUCUCUCUCGUGAAAGAGAGGAUAAAUAUAGAAUCAAAGUCAUUGUAGAGCUCUGGAUUCUACUCCUACACUUUCAACUGGUGGGAAACUAAUCGUUGUUCAUUUUCUUCUUCUCUUCUAUUGCUAUUUUGCCUAAUUUCUUGCUCUUUUUGUUCUAAUGGGAUCUUCAAACCUUUCGUUCUAGUUCAUUUCCGUGUGGGUUUUGGCGUUUUGGUUUUAAAUAAGAAGAAGGAAGGAAGGUUUUGGUAGAAGAAGAUUCGUGGGUUUGGAUCGGAUUUUGAUGGGUUGCCUUGGAUCCAGGAAACUCUGAAGUUUUAUGAGAAAAAAGAGGCGAACCCUUUUGGGGAUUUCUUGUGAUUUCGCUUUGUUUUAGAUCCAUCCACUUGUGAUUUCACUUUGAUUUACAUCCUUCCACUUGGAUAAAUGUUAGAGAUACUCGUUUCUCAUACUCUUGUGUAUAUAAGAACUGAUAGCGGAGAAAAGAUUGUUGAUGGUUGGCUGUUCUUAUCAGGAGGGGGAAGAAUUUGAUGAAGUUUUUUGGUGGAAUUUGUUGUUUUGUCAUUGAUUGAAUUUAAAUUAUUGCAAGCUUAGAUCCACUGUUCCUAAAUAGAUCUAAGGAUUUGGUGGCUGCUUUUUGUUCUGCUUGUUUUGAGCUUACACUAUUCAGAAUCUGCCAUUUGAUUUUUGGUUGAAACGUUGUGGGUUUGUGUUAGAGGUUAUAAACCAGCCUAGUUUAUGUCAAGUUUGAUUGCUAAAAUGUUAUGAUAGUGAAAGAAAUUGGAUGAUAGAUAGAUACAUAGAUUAUCUGAAGGAUUAGUGAAGAAUGAUGGAAGAGAUGCCUUCUUCGGUUUCUUUGACCCUUAGUUUAGGCAAUCCAAAGUCUGAUACAUCAGGAAGUCCUAGCCAUGUCGAAUUUACGCGGCUAAAGUUGGUGACAGACAAGGUAAAUUUGUUCUCUGCAUCGACCGCUGACUCGGGUCCUAUUAGUAAUGGUAGUUGCCAUGGUUUUAGUGGUAUAGUCGAUAGCAUAACCGUGUCGCAACCAAGUGAUAGUAGUCAAGGUCGAGAUGGUUUUUGGGGGUUGUUGCCAACGAAUGGCGUAAGUUUGACUGUCGAUAAGGAAGAUGCUACCUUAUCUUCUAUGGGUGACCCUGAUGAAAUGAUAGAUGAUGGGCUGUUUGCUAUUGAUGGUGGUUCUAAUCUUAAUGUACAAGAAGUUGUCAAGAUUGGAGAUGUGAGUAAUGGUCAUGUUGUUGCCAAGGCUAUUAUCUUGGUGGAAUCAGGGAAGAUUCCUACUAGUGAACUUAUUGUGGCAACGGUAAGCUCUGAUUUAGAAGUAUCGACAUCGUCAGAGCUAAAAGCCCCUGCGGUGGUUUUCCAAUCGAAAGGGGGGGAUGGUGUUCAUAAAGGCAUUCGGAGUGUCUUUGAGCGGGAUUGUGUACCCCUUUGGGGGUCGGUAUCGAUUUGCGGUAGAAGACCAGAAAUGGAGGAUGCAAUUGCUGUGGUUCCUUGUUUUUCUAAGGUUCCUAUCAGAAUGCUUGUGGGAAAUGGAAUGGGUCAAAGUUUAACACAUCUCAACAGCCAUUUUUUUGGUGUUUAUGAUGGACAUGGCGGCUCUCAGGUUGCAGAUUAUUGUCGAGAGCGCGUACACUUAGCAUUAGCUGAAGAGAUUAAAGGAUUUAAGCAAAAUCUAAAUAAUGGAAGCAAUGGAGAAAACUGGGAGAAGGAUUGGGAGAGAACCUUUAACAAUUGCUUUGUUAGAGUGGAUGAUGAAAUAGAAGGAAAAGUUGGUAGCUUCAAACCUGUUGCCCCGGAAACUGUUGGCUCUACUGCCGUUGUUGCCUUGGUCUGCUCAUCACACAUCAUAGUUGCAAACUGUGGUGAUUCUAGAGCUGUUCUAUGCCGUGGCAAAGAACCGAUGGCGCUAUCGGUCGAUCAUAAACCAAAUCGUGAAGAUGAAUACGCUCGGAUUGAAUCAUCUGGAGGCAAGGUCAUCCAGUGGAAUGGACAUCGUGUGUUCGGAGUUCUUGCAAUGUCAAGAUCCAUUGGUGAUAGAUAUUUGAAGCCAUGGAUCAUUCCCAACCCGGAAGUCAUGUUUGUUCCUCGAGCGAAAGGAGAUGAAUGUCUUAUUUUAGCCAGUGAUGGCCUGUGGGAUGUGAUGACAAAUGAGGAAGUCUGCGAAGUGGCUCGAAGGCGGAUUCUUCUUUGGCACAAGAAACACGGAGCUUCAUCGCUCACGGAUCGGGGCAUGGGAGUUGACCCAGCUGCACAAGCUGCAGCAGAUUACCUCUCAAUGCUUGCUCUCCAAAAGGGAAGCAAAGACAACAUCUCUGUGAUUGUAGUAGACUUGAAAGCUCAAAGGAAGUUCAAGACCAAAUCAUGAGAACAAAGAGUUUAUCAACCCGAACUUGCCCUCCAAGUUCAUAGCUCGAUAUCUCGAGUAGCAGUUCACAACUUAAUCCAUUUGUACUCUCUCGAGUUUUAAUCAUUUCCAAAAUAUAGAAAAAUUGUAUAUGUAUCAUAGAACUUCCUCAUGAAAAUGCACCUAAAAAAAAGAAGAAAGCAUCUGUAGUGAAAAGUUGUAAUCUAUGCUUUCGGAGUGCAGAGUGCACCAUACGAAUACUUGAUGAUGCCAUCUAUUCUUUGGUUUGUUUUAGCCAAUUCCAAAGUUAUGGGGAUAAUGCAAGUAUUUGGUUCUGCUCA